AAUAUUCCUCACGCUCUUUUUUAUCAAAACACCUCCAAUUGUCUCCUAGGACUGGGAUGUCUCUUUGAGUGCCAACUGCCAAUGGCUAUGCAGUCCUUCGAUAAGCCUUAACACCAACCUCUCAAUUUCUUUCUCAUUCGCGUUUUUGGGAACGGUCUGCUCUCGGGCACUCUCCGAGAAAUGGACCGGAGAUUCAACGGCCCAACCGCCCCUUCAAGUUCCACCGCCGCCGCUGCCACAAGAUUGAGUUCUCCUCCUCCGCGACCUAACUGCAAUAGCCGAGCCGUUCAGGAAGCAUUGGAACGCUUGGCAUCCAUUGACCUGUUUGAGUUGUGUUAUGAGGCAAAAGUUGAACACUGUCGUGCAACUAGAGACUUGAGAAUCUGUGGACGCUAUGUACACAAUGUUUUGAUUGCGUGUGGUCAUGCCUCUUUAUGCGAAGAGUGUAGUCAACGGUGUGAUCUUUGCCCCAUAUGUAGAAUCCCACUACCAAAGAUUGGCAAUAGACUACGGCUCCGCCUUUACUAUGAGUGCAUACAAGCUGGCCUCAUCUCCAAAAGAUCUGAUGAGAGAUUUCAAGAGAUUGAAGAUGGGGACAAGCAACUAACUGCUGAUGUCCUACGUCUCUAUUCCUUGUUUGAUGUUGCGCUGGAGAAUAACUUAGUUUCUUUGGUUUGCCAUUAUGUAACAGAUGUUUGCAUGGAUGAAAGUGCUGUGUCUAGUGACCCUGUCAUUGCUUUCUUGUUGGAUGAAGUGGUUGUCAAGGAUUGGUGCAAGAGGACUUUCAGAAACAUUGCAACAGAACUCCAAGGAAUUUAUAACCUUGAAGUGGAAGAGAUGAAAUCUAGGUUGAGUUUUCUACUCAAUUGUUCUGUACAGCUGACUGGAAUAUGCAAUGUGCUUGAAGUUUUGGAGUCAUCUUUUAAGGGCAGUCUUUCAGCACAGCUUCAUGACUUGUGCCACCUGCAAGAGAACAUAUUGAAGACGAAGCAGCAUAUGGAGAUAAUGAUGUGGUGCAUAAGACAUCAAUUUCUGGAGAAUGUGAGAUCUCGAUAUGCUAAUUUCAUGUCAUGGCGUUCCUGUGUCUCUGAACGGAAAUCAGCUGCAAUUAAGCGUUCAUGGCCUGAUGCAGUAAAUUUCUCUGCAGAGUCCACUAGACAGGAUGGUUCCUUGUUCAUCGAAGAUGCUUUGGUGAAUCUUGAUAUUGAGCAGGGAGAUUCAGAGGAAACAGCAGAGAAAUUAGAAGCUGCAUCACUGGUGAAAAGUGGAGUCUUGUCAAUUCUCCGGUCUAAAAUAGAAGGAUUGGCAGGGUGCUAUCCUUUUGAAAAUCUUCGAGCUGCAGUUGAUAUACUCUUCUUAUGUGGAAGUUCUGAUUUGGUGGUUGCAAAGCAAGCAAUUCUUCUCUAUUUUCUUUUUGAUCGACAUUGGAAAAUGCCUGAUGAAAUGUGGAGACACAUUGUGGAAGAUUUUGCAACCAGCUUUAGCAUCACCAGGCACUCAUUGCUGGAAUCUUUAAUUUUUUAUCUGUUGGAUGACCACACGGAUGAGGCUCUGCAGGAAGCUUGUCGCUUUCUUCCAGAGAUCUCAGGCCCCACAACUCAUCCUAAGAUUGCACGAGUGUUGUUAGAAAGGAAUAAUCCUGAUACAGCUCUGAUGGUUUUACGGUGGUCUGGGUGUGAUGGUGGAUUGCAGAUGGUUUCACUUAGUGAGGCCAUAACUUCUGUUCGGGUAAGGGUGGAGUGUGGACUUCUGACUGAAGCAUUUACACAUCAGAGAAUGCUCUGCACCAAAGUCAGGGAGAAGAAGUUGAAGCAUGGACCAUCUGGAAAUGAUUCUGAUAAUUUCAAAAGUGAGUUCAGGAAUUGGGUGGAAUGGGUGGACAUAUUGGUAACUGAAAUCUGUUGCCUUUGCAUACGAAGGAACUUGGUAGAUCGAAUGAUAGAGUUGCCAUGGAAUUCUGAUGAGGAGAAGCAUAUCCAUAAGUGCCUGUUGGAAUUUUCUAUUGAAGACCCUUCAACAACUACAGGAAGUCUUCUUGUCGUAUUCUAUCUUCAGCGCUACCGAUAUACUGAAGCAUUCCAAGUCGAUUUUAAACUUAAGACCGUGGAACAGGAUUUCAUCUCGAAGAGUUCUGUUGGUAAAGAAGUUUUGUCUAGAAUAAGAUCAGCAAGUCACUGGAGAGCAAGUUUGAUUGAUAAAUGCAUGGAAUUGCUGCCAGACGUCCAAAGGCAACAAGUAAAGUCUGGUCAAUUGCCUGAGAUUGCUGCUAGUUCUGUCGAAAACAUUGAAAUGCCAGCAAAAUCUGAUUUUACCAUGGUUCAAGAGCCAAUCUCAACAAGUUUAUUGAUUCCUUCGUCUACUUCUUCUCUUGGUCUUGGAAUGGACCACCUGACUCCUUUCUCGAGAUCAUCGGUUUUUGAAAAUCAAACAAGACUACCUGGGUCUAUCAAUGUUCAUCACUCUGAAGUCAUCAAGUAUGGUUCCCAAUCAAUUUUAUAUGGAAGGGGACUAAGACCUAGAAGUAGCAUCAACAAAGAUUUCAACUUAAAUGACUCAACUCCUGAAACUCGUCGAGUUAGUCUCAUGAAUGCCUCGCUGUCAAGAGAAAUUAACAGGGCUACCUUUGGCAAUCUCCAAGACUCCUCACCUGAAAUGGAACAAAAUGGUUUCAUUAACCAACUCCACGAUGCCAGUCCUUUAUAUUCCUACAGGCUUAGCUCUAAUCCAAUAGGCACACCUAGCAGCAACCAGGGCUUGUUUAAAGAUUCUGGAGGCUUGAAUUCCAGUUUCACUGGUAAAAGGAUCCAAUCCGAUAGAGAUUAUAGACUUUGGAAUGGGGCAUCUUCAGAUGAUCAAAUGGAAAUCUCGUGGAGCCAUGGAGGGAGGGGCUCUGCUGCCCAAGACAACGGUAUGAAUUGUGGACUGAGAUGGAGGUCUGAUGAGACCAGUGACGAGGAGGAGGAGCAGGGUCCAGAGGGAAGUAUGGGAAUGGCUUAUCAAACGACGCCCACAAGAAUUAGGAGAAGUAGACUUGCCAAGAGGUAAAGAAUGCAUGUGCCAAUUUUCAAGCUUUUGAUAUCCUUGCCCUUCCAUGGCGGCUUCUCAAUUUGGUCUGGGAAAAGGGAAGCUGCAAGAGCUAGCUAGCACUGCAAAAGAGUCUGUCUUUCGAGUAAAAAGGUUAAUACUGCGACCCUUUUUUCAGUUUUCAUGGGUGGAAAGUGGACGAGUAAACAUAAUUCUUGUAUACAGUUGUGUUAACCAAAUUCCAGUAAGAAGAUAGGGCAUUGAAUCAUUUCCUUUUCCUCGUCAUUGACAAGAGGCGAAUUGUCUUUUAGGAGGAACAAUCUGUGCAGCUUCUGACAAUUUUGUAUUUUUGUUGAGGCAAUUCAAAGGUUUUUCAGUCUUUUGUAUUUUUA